AUGGCAGAAGCAGUGUUGAUUGAUCUGUUUGGUUUGAAAUUGAACGCUCAGAAAAACUAUCAUCAGACAUUACUAAAAGCAUUGAAGACUGUUCAAUACUACCAUGCUGCUAAUGCCAAGUUUUUUUGCAUAAUGUGUGGCAGUAACACCAGCAGUAAAAGGGAUGGUGAAUGUGAUCAUUGUGAACUAGAAACAAACAAUAGGUUAUGGGCUCUUUUGAGAGAAUUUGAUGUAGUUUGCAAUUCCAGCAUGGUUGCCUCUCUGUAUACCAUUAAACAGAAAAUCGAUGAAAAAAACCUGAGCAGCAUUAAGGUAAUUGUGCCUGUGUACAGGAAGACAUUAAUGAAGGCUUUUAUUGAUCAACUCUUCACUGAUAUUUACAAUUUUGAGUUUGAAGAUUUACAGAUGACUUUGCAGGAAGGCCUCUUGAAACAGUCCACUGAAAUAAACAUGAUUACAGCUCAAGAAUUAGAAGAAAUCCAGAAUGAAGUAGAAAUGUAUUUGAGAAAUCUGCCCUCACUGAAUGGAGAAUUAACCAUAAUUACAUCUCCUCUGAUUCCAGAUAUUUUCAUACACGGAUUUACUACAAGAACAGGUGGGAUAUCUUAUAUACCAACUCUCAGCUCGUUAAAUCUCUUCAGUAGUUCCAAACGGAGAGAUCCCAAGGCAGUUGUUCAAGAAAAUCUGCGUAGGUUGGCGAAUGCUGCAGGAUUUAAUGCAGAGAAAUUUUACCGAAUAAAGACUGAUCAUGCCAGUGACGUCUGGAUUAUGGGAAGGAAGGAGCCUGAUUCUUACGAUGGAAUAACCACAAAUCAGAGUGGGGUCACAAUAGCGGCUCUUGGUGCUGACUGUAUUCCAAUAGUUUUUGCAGAUCCUGUCAAAAAAGUGUGUGGGGUUGCUCACUCUGGUUGGAGAGGUACUUUGUUAGGUGUUGCUAUGGCUACAGUGAAUGCCAUGAUAGCAGAAUAUGGCUGUAAUUUGGAAGACAUUAUUGUUGUACUGGGCCCUUCCGUGGGACCUUGCUGUUUUACUCUUCCAAGGGAAACAGCAAAGGCAUUUCAUAAUCUUGAUCCCAAAUGUGUACGACUGUUUGACUCACCAAAUCCGUAUAUUGACAUCCGUACAGCCACCAGGGUUCUUCUAGAACGAGGAGGAAUUCAUCCACAGAAUAUUCAGGACCAGAACCAAGAUCUCAACCUCUGUACAUCUUGCCAUCAUAACAAAUUUUUCUCCCACGUUCGAGAUGGCCUUAGUUUUGGUACACAGAUCGGCUUCAUAACCAUCAGAUGA